CGUUGCCGGAAGAGGCUGCGGGUGAGGUGGGGACCGCCGAGGGGCCUCGCUGCCGCUCCGCGCCGCCGCCGCCUGAGGGGCUGAAGCGGGCUGGGGUCCCGCCGUCCCCCCGCCGGCUCUGCCUUGCCGUGAGGGGGCAGGUGCGGCCCCUGAACGCCCCGCCUCGGCGCGAUGCUGCCCACCACCUCGGUCAGCGCCCGCAGCCAGGGCAACGGGGCGCUGAGCCCCCGGGACGCGGCCAGGCACACGGCCGGGGCGAAGCGCUACAAGUACCUGCGGAGGCUGCUCCACUUCCGACAGAUGGACUUCGAGUUCGCCCUCUGGCAGAUGCUCUACCUGUUCACCUCGCCGCAGAGGGUCUACAGGAACUUCCACUACAGGAAGCAGACCAAGGACCAGUGGGCGAGGGACGACCCCGCUUUCCUAGUGCUCCUCAGCAUCUGGCUCUGCGUGUCCACUGUAGGAUUUGGAUUUGUGCUGGACAUGGGUUUUUUUGAAACAAUAAAGCUGCUUCUUUGGGUUGUAUUCAUAGACUGUGUAGGCGUUGGUCUCCUGAUAGCAACUUUAAUGUGGUUCAUUUCUAAUAAGUACUUGGUAAAGCAGCAGAACAGAGACUAUGAUGUGGAGUGGGGAUAUGCCUUUGAUGUUCAUCUGAAUGCCUUCUAUCCACUUCUAGUCAUUUUGCACUUUAUCCAGCUGUUUUUCAUCAAUUAUGUCAUCAUAUCUGAUUCAGUCAUCGGAUAUUUUGUUGGGAACACGUUAUGGCUGAUAGCAAUUGGCUACUACAUCUAUGUGACAUUCCUAGGAUACAGUGCAUUGCCAUUUUUGAAGAACACAGCUAUUCUUUUGUACCCGUUUGCACUUCUCAUCUUGCUCUAUUUGAUCUCAUUAGCAUGUGGAUGGAACUUCACCAAGAUGCUUUGUUCCUUCUAUAAAUACAGAGUGAAAUAAAAACCGGACUUCAUCUAUCUAAUGUUUACUUUGGUUUUACCUUAGCUGUCUUGAUGAUAAAGAAAAACAGUUAAGAACUUAUUGUAAAUGGUUGUAAAUUUCUCUUUAUUGUAGAUAAUUGUGUAAAAAAAAGUUUGAAGUGUCAUUUUUAUUAAAAUAUUUACAACA